UUCCUCUUGAAUAAAUUGGAGUUCAAAUUAGGGUUUCUUUUUGUCUUCCGCAAUCCAAAUCAGUUUCUUCCACCAUGUCAAAAAGUAGAUCCGAUGCAAUUUCGCGAGGUUUUAAUGGCGUGUCAAGUGCUUAUCGCGGGCCGCGUCCUAAACUUCCGGUAUGUUGUUAUGAUGAUGAUGAUGAAUGUAAAAUCGACCAGAAGCCGCGUUAUAGUAAGCCGAGAAAGAUAAUUAAUUGUGCUCUGUAUCUAGUGGUAAAGAGUGUUGACGGUCCCAACUUCCGGGUCGAUGAAUUGUCGUGUGGUGAGUCCAUUGUUUUGAAGGAAACUAUAGAGUGGAGACCACGUGACACGACCUAUGUCGAGAUUUAUAGCCAUAUCCUCGAGAAGGUCGUGUAUUUCCUUGAUAACCAUGUUCGGCUCAAGAACUCGGAUGACCAUCAGAAGCUGAAAGACUUCCAUUCCAAUUUUUUCAAACAAAAUCAAACCCAUUUUCUUGCUCUCAUGGAAGCUGCUGCAGUGCUCCAAAUUCAUAGCCUCUUCGACCUAACGAGUGAAGCGGUUGUCGAUAUGAUCAGAGGGAAGACUGAAGAAGAGAUUCUUAGGAUCAUGAACCUGGACGAUCAUUUCACUUAUCAACAGAUGGCAGAGAUAGAGAAGGAACAUGGCUGGUGGGCAUUUUAAAUCAUGUAGGUUUGGAUGUUUAUAUUUGAAGUUGGUUUAGGUAGGUGUACUUAGCAGAUCUAAUUCCUUAUUAACCAUCAACUUUAGUGCUAGCAUUUUGUUUUCAAAGAGAAACCUAAACACUGCUAGCCAGCAAAUAUUUAAUUUAAGCUCUUCUGUAGCUUGAUCAAA